CAUGGCAAGUCCAAAAAAUUACAGCACGUCUAAUAAAGUUCAAAGAUAUAAAAUAUCGGCUAUAAUUGAAGAGUUUGCCGAUAAUCUAAUGAAAAUAAGUGGAAAGUGUAUGGACAUCGGUUGCGGUCCUGGAGAUACAACAAAGGAAUUUCUGUUAUCGAGUAUAAACUCCAAUGGACAAAUAAUUGGUACGGAUAUUUCGGAGAGCAUGAUUAAAUAUGCAAAUGAUACAUUUAAAGACGAAAAACGGCUUCAAUUCGACACACUAAAUAUUGAAACUAAAAAUUUACCUAAGAAAUAUAUUUCACAAUUUAAUCACAUAUUUUCGUUUCACACUUUACAUUGGUGCAACGAUAUCCGACAAGCCUUAGAAAAUAUUUAUCAAAUGCUACAUUCUGAUGGAACUAUACUUUUGCAUCUAAUAGCAUCUCAUAAGAUGUAUGAAGUUCUCAGAAUUUUAGCGCGGGACACUCGUUUUGCAUCAUAUAUGCCUGUAAUAUAUUAUUGA